AUGCCACCUCAAAAGGUUCCUUUCAUCGACUCCAUUUACGGCGCAUCGAAAAUCCUGGGCCUUCAAAAAACAAACAAACCAGUGUGGCCAUCAGGUCUCUCGUGGAGCGAUCCGAAGGUCGAGUUCUCGAGUGAAAUGACUGCGGCGGCACAACGAGGAUACAGGGUUUUUAAACCUGGUGAUUACGCAUACGAUUUCGAACUGCCCUUAGACAGUCGGCUUCCAGAAAGCAUAGAGGUUGGAUUGGGUUCGGUAAAGUAUGAGUUGAAAGCGAUCGUUGAGCGGGUGGGAGCUUUCAGCACCGACCUAGUGGGUUCCAGAGAGAUCACCCUCAUCCGCACCCCCGCUGAAGGCUCGAUGGAACAAUUUCAGUCCAUUGAAAUUAGCCGGAAUUGGCUGGACGAGCUGCGCCUGGAGAUCAUCAUCUCUGGCAAGUCGUUUCCACUCAACGCACAGAUCCCUAUCUCGUGUACGCUCACGACACAAGCGACAGUCCAGUUCCACUGGAUGAAGAUUUUCGCAACCGAACACACUGAGUACCUCUGUUCGGACAAGCGUGUUCAUCGUAUAGAGCCAGUUCGAAAUACUCUGUUAUUCGAGAAGCGGGUAGACGUUUUACCGACAAGUGCAUCCUCUGGAAGCCCUAAGAGAGCCGUUUCUGAUGGAGCUUGUACGUUCGAUCAAAGUUCAGCUGAAUUGAAGGUACAAACAGAAGCACCGACCGACAUCUUAGGUCGUAUUGGCGGAGCGGCUAGCACUCUAGUCACAGAAAUAGAAGUCCUUGCACAGCUCCCGAGCUGCCACAACGUGAAGGAUCACAAGUCACGAAGAUUCUACUCUGAUACCACGUACCAGAAUAUUCGCAUAAAUCACUGGAUAAAGGUAGAUAGACUUGUCACAGUUGGCAUCUAUAGUUAA